AUGUAUAACGCAAAAAUGAACCCGCAAUGUUCAAAAUGUAAGGCAGCAAUUAGGAAAUAUAACUACUCAGUCAAAGAGAUAGAAAGAAUGAGAAACGACUAUGCAGACUUAAAGAAAGAAGCAGAAAAGCCAGCAGAAGAUAAAAUGGACAUGUUAGCAUUUCUGAACAAAAACUAUCCAACUGCUGACGAUUUCCUAUUAUCUGACGUCAAGAAGAAGUAUAAAGAAACCUUCGGCAUAGUUAAAACAUUCGAUGUACUAAAAGAAGAAAUAGAAGCUACAAAACUGUUUAAAGUCAUGAACCAUCGCAACAUAUACCAUGUAAAACGCUUGUAA